CCGCCGACGGCUUCUGUCGCAGGCUCGUGAGGGCUGUGGGAGCUCCGGCGCCCCGAACCUUCGUGUCCUCCGCCACAGGGCCCUCGUCCUUCAUGGCGUCCUCUGUAAGGACCAUCCCGGUUCCGACCUCUAAACACCCCUCGCGGCUCUUCUCCGUCGGACUGCCAUAGCCUUGACUCUUCCCCCAUAAAACUCCUCAGAGAGGCUCUCGCCUCCAUCCGGCCGCCGUCUCCCUGGCCCGCGUGUCCCUCGGGCUCCGCCGGGGUCUCGGGGCUGGUCCCCUCGGCGGCUCCGUUGCCCGGUCGCUGCCCGCGCCUGCCGCCAGAGGGCGCCGUCGGUGGCGGCCGCGCACCCCGCGGGUUCCGCUCCUCUCGCCGCCCCGGCCUCGCCCCCUUGCGCUCGCGCCGCCGCCGGAAGUGGGAGGUGCCGCGCGCGGGUCGGCGCUCGACCCCUCCCCCAGGCUUGGCCGCCCCCUCCCCCGCUCCGCCCGCUCAGAGUGCAGAUGGCGGCCUCUGAGGUAGCUGGCCUUGGGGCCGGAGCCCCGAGUCCUUCGGAACCUGCUUCGUGUGAGUCUCUCCCAGAUGGCCUAAGCCCCAAAGACUCUGCCCAGAAACAGAAGAACUUGUCUCCGCCGAGUGUAAGUAGCCAAAUGAUAACCAAGGAGAGUAACAGAAAUGCCCAUUUGGAACAUCCAGAACAGAAUCCUGGUUCAUCAGUGGGUGAUACUUCAGCAGCGCACGAGGAAGUUGUAGGAGAAAACUUGGUAGCCACAGCCCUUUGUCUUUCUGGCAAUGGGUCUCAGGCUGAUUUGAAGGACUUGACCAAGCCAGCAGGAGAGGAGGGGGACACGAGCCUCCUGGAGCGCCUCCCUCCAGUCACUCGGUCUCUUAAGGCAGGGUGCCACUCAAAACAACUUGCCUCCGGGAAUUGCUCUGAAGAAAAAUGCCCAGCAGCCUCCAUCCUAAAGGAAGGCGGCAGGGAUGCAGGCUUGGACUUGCUGCCUGUAGUACCGCCUGCAAAUGGGGUUGAAGGAGUGAGAGUGGAUCAGGAUGGUGAUCAGGAUAGCUCUUCCUUGAAGCUUUCUCAGAACAUUGCUGUGCAGACUGACUUUAAAACAGCAGAUACAGAAGUAAACACAGACCAAGAUAUUGAAAAGAAUCUGGACAAAAUGAUGACAGAGAGAACUCUGUUGAAGGAGCGUUACCAAGAAGUCCUGGACAAGCAGAGGCAGGUGGAGAGUCAGCUCCAAGUGCAACUAAAGCAGCUUCAGCAGAGGAGAGAAGAAGAGAUGAAGAAUCACCAGGAGAUACUAAAGGCCAUUCAGGAUGUGACCAUAAAGCGAGAAGAAACCAAGAAGAAGAUAGAGAAAGAAAAGAAGGAGUUCUUACAGAAGGAACAGGACCUGAAAGCUGAAAUCGAGAAGCUCUGUGAGAAGGGCAGAAGAGAAGUGUGGGAAAUGGAACUGGAUAGACUCAAGAAUCAGGAUGGUGAAAUCAACCGGAAUAUUAUGGAAGAGACAGAGCGGGCCUGGAAAGCAGAGAUCCUGUCACUAGAGAGCCGGAAGGAGUUGCUGGUGUUGAAACUGGAAGAAGCAGAAAAAGAAGCAGAACUUCAUCUGACUUACCUCAAGUCAACUCCUCCAACACUAGAGACAGUUCGUUCCAAACAAGAGUGGGAGACAAGACUGAAUGGAGUUCGGAUAAUGAAAAAGAAUGUUCGGGACCAGUUUAAUAGUCAUAUCCAGCUAGUGAGGAAUGGAGCCAAGCUGAGCAGCCUUCCUCAGAUCCCUACCCCAACUUUGCCUCCACCACCCUCAGAGGCAGAUUUCAUGCUUCAAGUAUUUCAACCCAGUCCCUCUCUGACCCCUCGGAUGCCCUUCUCUAUCGGGCAGGUCACUAUGCCUAUGGUUAUGCCCAGUGCGGAUCCUCGCUCUUUGUCUUUUCCGAUCUUGAACCCUGCCCUUUCCCAGUCCAGCCAACCUUCCCCACCUCUUCCUGGCUCCCAUGGGAGAAAUAGCCCUGGCUUGGGUUCCCUGGUCAGCCCUCAUGGUCCACACAUGCCUCCUGCUGCCUCCAUCCCGCCUCCCCCAGGCUUGGGUGGUGUUAAGGCUUCUACUGAAACUCCCCGGCCCCAACCAGUAGACAAACUGGAGAAGAUCCUGGAGAAGCUGCUGACUCGGUUCCCACAGUGCAAUAAGGCCCAGAUGACCAACAUUCUUCAGCAAAUCAAGACGGCACGUACCACCAUGGCGGGCCUGACCAUGGAGGAACUAAUCCAACUGGUAGCCGCACGACUGGCAGAGCAUGAACGGGUGGCAUCAAGCACUCAGCCACUUGGUCGGACCUGGGCUUUGCACCCUGCUCCUCUGGCCCAAAUCAGUCCCCCAAUGUUCUUGCCUUCUGCCCAAGUUUCAUACCCUGGAAGGUCUUCACAUGCUCCACCCACUUGUAAGCUGUGUCUGAUGUGUCAGAAACUUGUCCAGCCCAGUGAGCUGCACCCCAUGGCCUGCACCCACGCGCUACACAAGGAGUGUAUCAAAUUCUGGGCCCAGACCAACACAAAUGACACUUGUCCCUUUUGCCCAACUCUUAAAUGAUGGACCCGACUGGGGAGGAAGAAGAGGAGAAACGGAUGUGAACAGGAAGCGCGGGUUCAAGAUUUCUAAAACUCUCUAUAUUUAUACAGUGACAUAUACUCAUGCCGUGUACAUUUUUAUUAUAUAGGUAAUGUGUGUAUAGAAAGUCUGUAUUCAAAUGUUCGGAAUGAAAGUAUGUAUAUAAUGCAGAAACACCCCUUUUCCCCCCUCAUCUUGCAGUUUUUUGGGGGAUGCAGGCUGUAGGAAUAUAUGAUGUUUAAUUUGGCCUUGAAAUCAUGACCCCUGCAUAGGGCUGUUGUCUAACCCAUCUAGGAAGCUGCUGUUGCUCUAAGGCCAUCCUGCUUUGAUUUGUCCCAGCCUCUAGUCCAUUUUUAUAAGGCUCGUGUAUGCAGAUGUGAAGUCUGGUGCUCAGCUGCUGUGCAUCCAGAUGCUGGCCUUGCAGGGGCCUCCAAACCUUGGUGUUAGUUUAGCCACUCUACUCCAAUAGACAAAAUGAUACUGACUGAGGGGAACAAAUGUAACUCUGAUAGUUUGAUUCUUCAUUGAACAUUUUACUGUGUUAAUGCUCAUUAUUUAUACAUUGAUAUCAGGUAUACAGGAUAUUCUGUUUUAUGUCAGUAAAAUCCACAGUCCAAGAACAACAAAAUCAGGUUCCAUAUCUCCCACCAUCUUCUGUCUACUCUGCUUUCUAGAUAGAAAAGCACCAUUCACAGAUUUUUUUUUCCCCCUGGGCCAAGCCACCAUCCCUUGUUGCCACUGGUUUGGCCUCUUCUAAGCACUGACCGGCCAGGCUUGCAAAGUGCUCACCCUUCCCAUUCCUCUGGUUUCCUAAUCUAGCUAUCCCCUCCCCACAAAGGUUAAGGCAGUUGGUUCACCACCAAGUGAUUUGGUGAUGUUAGGUGAGCUCCAGACAGGCACUGGGGUGAGAUGUCUGUGCAAAAUUACUUGCAGAAUAAUCAUGGGAUGUUGGACUUCAUUUGUCAAUGAAGAAUGCUAUGAAGGAUACAAUCCCUGUCUAGAAUAUGGUGGAGACAGUGAGAUGAAGAGAGGUGGUACAGUCGAAAGCUAUGCUUUGUGGAGUCCCAUCUGGGGGAAGAUAGGUUUUCCACCUCCACUUACUGAGUACUUCUGGUUUUCGUGUCUGAGACAGCUGUGGCUCUGAGAACCUUGAGUCUUUUCCAAUCUUUAUCUUUACUCCUACAUGAAAUGGCUUUAAUUACCUUCUUUUUCAGAAUUAAACAAGUGUUAAUUGAGAAAAACAAUGCACCUGGGGGAAGGGCCACAAAACAUUAUGCUCCUGACAAUUGAUGUUCCCAUCCUGGGACUGGGGGUGCUCAUUGAGCCUAGCAGUUUCUAUUAGGAUGGCAAAGACGGUGUCCUUUCUGAACUAAGUUCUCUUGUGUUUGUCUCUGCCUUGCCUAUGAGCUCAUGGAUGAAUUCUUUUCUCUUGCCUUAUUGUCCAGGUUGAUAAGCAUGUUUAGGGGUGGACUUCCCCGGGUUACCUUGGCAUCUUUAAGGGGGAAUGGCCUGAGUCUUCAACUUUUUAGAGGUCAGGUGACCCCUCUCUUUGGUGAUGAAGCACUUCCGUCUCCCUGUCUCCGGUUCGGUGGUGCUUGAACAGGAAAAGGUGGCAAAACAGAAACCUACUUCCUUUGUUUAUUUCAUGUGGCAGAUUCAUUUUCUGUCUUAAGAUUGCUCUCUCCCUUCACCUGUGCAGCAUCCAGCACUAGCUAUGUAGUACCUCAUUGUCACCAGAAAACUGUACACUGAAAGUGAACAUAAAGAAUGUUGUGUUUAGUUCAACAGAGUGGCACAAGCCUGUAAUCAUGGCAUAUGGGAGGUGGACACACAGGAGGGUCAGGAGUUCAAGGCUAGCCUGGGCUACAUGAGACCAUAUCUCAUCCUCCUGGCCCCUUCCCCUAUAGACACACAUACAUUCACACACACACACACACACACACAGUUUCUAUCGCAGAGUGGUGGCACACACC